AUGGCCAUGGAGCAGGGAAGAGUGACGGAAUUCGAAGGAAAGAGCCUCGACCAGAUACAAAUUGAGCCUGAAGGCAUCCUCCUCCUCUUCCUGAAUGGCCCACUUCAGAUAAUGAAUGUCAUACCAAACUACAGGCCAGAGGCUGAUUUCACCACUCCUCUUUUAGUCUCCUCACUCACUAUUCUCUAUGACUUCUGCAGUUCUUAA